UAAUUUUUUUUUAGAAUGAGAAAGUGGGGAAAAUAUACAAAAAAGUAUUGCGUUAGUUGGGAAAAAGAUCCGCAACUAAAAGGUUGGUUGCAAAGGUCAGAAGAAACUGACAUUUUAAAUGGGAAAACAGAAGCUUUUUGUAAGCUUUGCAAAGUUCAUUUAAGGGCUCACAAAAAUGAUCUGAUUAGGCACGCUAGUAGACCAGUACAUUUGCAAAAUGAAAAAAGUUUUGAUAAAAGACAACAACCAAAUUUGCAUAAUUUUGCUAUUGUUAAAGUUAAUGAGGAAAUGAAAAUUUUGGAUUUAAAAUUAGCAAUGUAUGUAUCCAUGCACUGCUCCAUUUCAAGUAUAGAUCAUUUAACGAACCUUUUAAAAUUAUUAGGAAAGGGUACUCCUAUUGAAAAUUUAAAACUGCACCGGACGAAAUGUUCGCAACUUAUCACUUCUGUUAUUGCUCCAACUUUUUUAAAGGAUCUUGUGACUGAUGUUGGAGAUUCACCUUAUGCUAUUAUAGCUGAUGAAGUGACGGAUAUAUCUGUUACAAAGUUCAUGGGUUUGUGCACACGAUUCUUUUGUAAACGUCGUCAAGUUUUUAUAACGGACUUUUUGGGGAUAAUCGAAGUUGUAAGCUGUACUGGUAAAAAUCUUGCCUUAGCCCUCAUCGACUUUUUAGAGUCAAUUAGAUUGCCGCUAAACCAACUUCAAGCAAUAGGGACAGAUGGAGCACCGGCAAUGUGCGGAUCAGAAAACUCUUUUUAUACGCACUUGAAAGAAAGAGUACCACAUUUACAACUAUUAAAAUGCGUUUGUCAUUCGCUCCAUGAAUGUGCCGAGUAUGCUUAUAAGAUUUUUCCGGAUUCCAUUUCCUAUUUAACACAACAAACGUACAAUUGGUUUGCACAUAGUGCGCUGAGACUAAACAAAUAUGAAAAUUUUUAUAAGAACAAAACCGAUGGGAAAACACCUGGGAAGUUAGUUUCUCUCAGCAAAACGCGAUGGCUUGUAUGGCUAUCAGCAUGCUCCCAAAUUCUUUACCAAUGGCACGAAUUGAAAAAAUUUUUCAACAUGCAAGCUUCAAAUAAUGAUUUUAUGGCAAAAAUGAUUUUUGCUCAGUUUACCCAACAACGUUCACCAUUACAACAAGCAUUACAACAAAUUCUUUUUAAUAAUUUAUGAAUAUUUAAUAUAUUUGAAUUAAAACA